AUGCAGUUAACCAAGUUUGCAUGUGGAGGGACAUCAGUUGGAAUAAGUUGGGCUCAUGUACUCGGAGAUGCUUUUUCUGCCGCUGGCUUUCUUAACCUAUGGGGCCAAGCCACUAGACAUCAGUUUCCCGCCAAACCACUUUCUAUGGCUCAUACAAGCAAUGAGGAUCAUAACCCGAAACGCCCAUUACAGGAUCUGCUUGCCAUAAAACGGGUCGGCUCACUUGGAGAUACGUGGGCCACUCAAAAUGACACAAAAAUUGAAACUUACUCUUUCUAUCUUUCUUGGCCCGAGUUAACCCGUUUGCAGUCAAAGAUAUGUGGAGAUAAAAACCAUCAACAGAUUCCACCCUUCGAGUUAAUUUGCACUGUGGUUUGGCAAUGUAUAGCCAAGGUUAAACACGGGUCCGAAGUGAACAUGGUGACAAUAUGCAAACGUGAAUCAAAAAUUCCAUUCGAAGGGAUUAUCACAAACAAAGCUCAAUCAAUUAAGGUGGUAAAAACAAAUGCUUCUGUGGAAGAAUCCAGUUUGAUGGAACUUGGGUUGCUCCUUAUGAAUCAAGGUGUGGAUGAGAGGAGGGAUAUCGAAGAAGCAAUGGAAUCUGAUGGUGGAUUCCCGGACUUUUUGAUAUAUGGAGCAAAUUUGACUUUUGUGGAUUUACAGGAUACCCCGCUUUAUGAUUUGGAUAUAAGAGGAAAUACACCGGUUUAUGUAAGUUGUGCUAUUGAUAAUGUUGGAGAUGAAGGUGUUGUGUUGGUUUAUCCGACUCGAAAAGAUCAAACCGAUGGGUUAACAAUCAGCAUAGGGUUGCCUCAAAAUCACAUUCAUGAGCUUAAAUUGGUGCUUAAGAGAGAAUGGUCUCUCUCUUGA